AUGAAAUUGCUUUAUCAUCAUCUACGUUCGUACUGUCCAGUGCUAUUCCCUUUACAAUCUGACACGUCAGUACGAGGUUCUUUUUGCCUGAUAAACACACACAAACGUUUUAACAAAACCCUCGUCUUUCAUCUCUCGUGUGCGUGUGUCCUUUUCGUUCAAAAGGUCUUUACCAUGUCGUUUCGAUUUCCUCGAUGGGGACGAAAGAAAGAUAAAAACAAAGAGCCUAAUGUAGGAGGGGGUACGAAAUAUUAUCCAACUGGUAUCACAGGAGGUAAUGGGGGUACACCAGGAGCGAUUCCACGUCCACCACCCUCGGCACCUGGACGUACGUAUAGUACUGGUUCAGACUAUCAUUCUCAUCAAUCAUGGCAAUCAAAUGGUACAAUGCCACCAGUUUCUGGAUCAAAUGGAGAUCGACCAGUUCAAACUUCCUCUACUGCUACCUCUUCUUCGAAUCGUAGUGCUCCAUUACCAUUUUCUCAUCCAUUAUAUGCUAUGGAUACUGAAGGAAUGAUUCAUUUAAAAGCUACGGGAAAAGGAUUAGAUGAUUCGGAUCUAGCUGUUCAUCAAGAUGAAAUUAUCAAUACGGUUGUCAAGUACGUACAGGAUUCAAUGCGAAAAGAAUUGGGAUUUCGUGAAGUCUUUAUACCAGCAAAUAGUCCACCGGAAGCACCUGUGAAAGCAAAUAUCUUUGUAUCAAGGAAUUAUGAAACCUGUAAAAAGUUAUUGAUCUUUGUCGCUGUUAGUCGAGGUUUAUAUCCUGGACUAUGGAGUCGAGGACUUGUACUACAUGCUGGUGUCAAAAGUGGAAGUAUGCUCGAGUAUUUUCGUAAAGCUAUGGAUGAAGACUAUGGCAUUAUUGUCGCCAAUCCAAACAAAAAUGUGAUUAUCAUGCGGGAUGGAAAACAGAGACUUCAAAUUCCAGGCUCCUCGAGUCCAGAAGAACACAUGGAUUCAUUAUGGGACUCGUAUGUUGCAGGAUCAGCAGCAAGACGUGUGUACUUUUUGGGAUAUUCAUAUGGUGGCGUGCUGAUCAAGUACUUGUUGCAAUCACGUGGUGACCAGCUCAUGCGACGUAAUGGUGCAAUAGCACUGAUUGAAUCAAGCCAUCGUAUUGAAGAUGGUGACUCGCAGUCGGUCAAGUCAAUCCUGGCACAUCGCACAAUGUACUGGGAAAGCAACGAUCAACCUUUUCAGACCAAGUUGGACGGUGAUGCUCCGCAUCGUACCGGUUGUACGUGUUUGUCGGCUGGUAGACCACCUCGCGCUCACGCAAACCACUACUACGUGACUGCCUUUUGCAUUAAUAAGAUUGAGGAGGCGCUAUUCCGCUUCUUGGAUACGCGGGAUGCUACGACCUAUGUCGCUGGUGAGAAGCCUGUUCCUGAACCUCCCGCUUCAGCGCCGGCAGUGAUUAACAAUGGUGCUAGCGGCCUUAGUGCUCCACAGCUGCAGCGUCAAGAGUCUGCCCGGCGUGAAGCUAACAACUCAAAAAUGGGCAACAGCGAGAAGCACUGCAACCUUUGUCUGUUCCAUUUUACGCUGUUUGACCGUCGUCACCACUGCCGCAUGUGCCACCGUGCUGUUUGUAAUGCGUGUUCGCGUGACCGACUUUUCUUGCCGGGAUCUAGUACGGCUCAGCGAGUAUGUACUGAGUGUGCGACGGAAGGACCUCGUACAAACCAGGCCCCCGUUCAGCCCCCUCCGACUUACCCACGCUUUAACCGCACUACGAGUGACGCUGUGACGGCUACGAACGCUUCAACGGACAUUUCACAAACGCGCAACCGGUCGGACACGCAGAUGUCGAACCAGGGCCGAUCUGAGUCAAAUGCUCAGCCUCCUGGAAAUUCGAAGCUUAGUGUGGAGGAUUUUGAUUUGCUGAAGUCACGCAGGAGCUAG